AUGUACAUCAAACAGAUAAUCAUACAAGGCUUCAAAAGCUAUAAAGAGCAGACAGUUAUUGAGCCCUUCUCUCCAAAGCACAAUGUGAUCGUUGGACGCAAUGGCUCUGGGAAGAGCAAUUUCUUCGCCGCUAUCCGGUUUGUCCUCAGCGAUGCCUACACGCAAAUGGGCCGCGAGGAGCGGAAUGCGCUACUUCAUGAAGGGACAGGCGCAGCGGUCAUGUCUGCUUUCGUGGAAAUCAUAUUCGACAAUAGUGACGACCGCUUUCCAACAGGCAAACCGGAGCUCAUUCUACGACGGACAAUUGGGAUGAAGAAGGACGAGUACUCUCUAGAUCGGAAGAACGCUACCAAGUCGGAUGUCAUGAACCUACUGGAAUCUGCAGGCUUUUCGCGCUCGAACCCAUACUAUAUUGUUCCGCAAGGACGUGUCACUGCAUUGACAAAUAUGAAGGAUAAUGAGAGGCUGAACCUGCUGAAAGAAGUGGCUGGUACACAGGUCUACGAAGCUAGGAGGACAGAGUCUUUGAAAAUCAUGAACGAGACGAACAACAAGAGGGAAAAAAUUGAUGAGCUAUUGGUAUACAUCAAAGAACGAUUGACCGAAUUAGAGGAAGAGAAGGAAGAGUUGCGAGAUUUCCAGGAGAAGGACAAAGACCGCCGAUGUCUCCAAUACACUAUCGACCAUCGAGAACAAGUCGCAAUUGCCAACGAGCUAGACAACCUUGAUGACCAGAGGCAGGGUGGCGUUGAUGACACGGAAGAGAGCUCGGAACGCUUCAUUCAAGGCGAAAAGGAACUCACUGAGAUCAACGCACAGAUCAGCGAGCUGAAACAACAGGUUGAGUUCCUCAAAGUGGACAAAAGGCAGCUCGAAGAUGAGCGCAAGGAAAAUGCCCGAGCCAGGGCGAAAAUCGAGCUGGAAGUCAAAAGCCUUAGCGAUGGCCAGUCUGCGGCUCAACAAGCAAGAUCGCACUACGAAUCGGAAUUAGACAAGGUUCAGACCUCAAUUAGAGAACACGAAGAAGAACUGGCACAGGUUACGCCUGAGUACCUUGAGAAGCUGCAGCAAGAGGGGACCAUCAAAUCCGAACUCAGCAGCGCAGAAGACACUCGUUCAGGAUUAUAUGCCAAACAAGGUCGAAAUUCUCAGUUCCGAAAUAGAAAGGAGCGAGACGAGUGGCUGAGAGAGGCGAUCAACAGCAGCUAUACCGACUUAUCGAAGGUUAAGGCUGUUCGAGUACAGACAGCUGAGGACAUAACAGAGUUGGAGAAUGACAUUGCGAAUGCCAAGGCCGAAAUCACGGAGUUGCGAGAGCAGAUGGAUAGCCGUGGAGACAACAGCGAGGCGAUACAGAAAGAUAUCCACAAGGCUAAGGCACUACGGGACAAGCUUAUGGAUGAGCGCAAGGAGCUUUGGAGAGACGAUGCAAAGCUGGAUUCUGUCAUGCAAAAUGCGCAGAAAGAACUUCGGCAUUCAGAACAGGAACUUUCUUCAACCAUGGACCAGAAUACUAGUCGUGGCCUGGCAGCUGUCCGGCGAAUAAAACGUCAACAUAACCUUCAUGGUGCUUUCGGCACCCUAGCUGAACUGAUGGAAGUUAACGAACGCUACCGAAGAGCCGUUGAGGUCACAGCUGGCGCCAGUCUCUUCCAUUAUGUCGUGGACAACGACGACACAGCUUCUAAGAUCAUCGAGAUCUUGCAAAAGGAGAGAUCGGGCCGUAUCACCUUCAUACCUCUGAAUCGAGUGAGGCCGAAGAGCUCAAACGUGCCAAAGGCCAAUGAUGCCAUUCCGAUGAUCGAGAAGAUCCAAUUCGAUCCAAUGUAUGAGAAAGCUUUUCAGCAAGUGUUCGGUCAAACCAUCAUUUGCCCGACUCUGACCAUUGCGGGACAGUACGCCAGAAGCCACAAUGUCAAUGGUGUUACGAUGGAUGGCGACCGAUCAGACAGGAAGGGUGCUUUCACCGGUGGAUCUCUCGACAAUCGAUCUUCACGUCUUCAGGCUGUCCGAAACGCGUCGAAAUGGCGAGACGAGUGCGAUACUCAUAGAGCUAGGUCUGUUGAGAUCAAGCGGACGUUGGAACGCAAAGAUCAAGAGAUUACUCAAGCGGUGGGCAAUCUCCAGAAGAUCGAGCAGAAGAAGGUGCAACAAGAGAAUAGCUACGGCCCGUUGAGGCAGGAGCUAAGAAACAAGGAGGCCAGCGUCGACAACAAGAGAGAUACUCUCGACAAGAAGCAGCGAGCAAAGUCAGGAAUCGAAGCGAGUUUCAAGCGUCUAACAGAUCAGCAGAACGCACACGAAGCUGAAAUCGCGUCUCCGUUCAAGAAAGAUUUGACAAGUGACGAGGAAACACAGUUGGAGAACCUGAGCUCCAAUGCCAUAGACCUUCGACGGCAGCUCUCCGAAUUGACUUCAAGCCGUAGCGAGCUUGAGUCAAGGAAAACUAUUCUUGAAAUCGAACUCCGAGAAAAUCUCCGUCCGCGCCUCGACCAGCUCAAAUCCCAGGAAUUUGACAGCCAAGACAGCGGCAGCCGAGGCAAUCUCAAACAAAGCCAACAAGAGCUCAAACGUAUCAACAAGUCUGUAGAAGAGGUCGAGCGAAAGCUGCAAGAGACUAACACCUCGAUCGAAUCCGCCAACUCUAACAUAUCGGACCUUGAUCAGCGUCACGCCGAGAUCAUGCAUGCCCAAUCCGAAAUCGCCAAAUCUAUGGAAAAAGCGCAGAAGCGUAUGGAGAAAUCCAUCCAAAAGCGCCGCAUCCUCACGAAGCAAGCUGCCGAAGUAGCGACCAAGAUCCGCGACUUGGGCAUCCUGCCACAGGGGCUCGAGAAGUAUGAGAAAAUCAAGAGCGAUGCGAUCGUCAAGCGCCUUCACAAGGUCAACGAAGCAUUGAAGAAGUACGGGCAUGUGAACAAGAAGGCUUUUGAGCAAUACAACAACUUUACGAAUCAGCGAGAGACCUUGGAGAAGAGAAGUGGAGAGUUGAUCGAAGGCCAGGCGAGCAUUGAAGAAUUGAUCACGGUGCUGGAUCAGCGGAAGGAUGAAGCCAUCGAGCGGACCUUCAAGCAAGUUUCCAAGGAGUUUGCGAACGUGUUCGAGAAGCUCGUCCCGGCCGGCAGAGGACGACUCGUCAUACAACGGAAAGCGGACAAGCCGCAAGCCGGGGAGGAGGAGUCGGACGAUGAGAGGAGGGAGAGCGUGGAGAAUUAUACCGGCGUCGGUAUCAGCGUGAGCUUCAACAGCAAGCACGAUGACCAACAACGCAUCCAGCAGCUCAGCGGUGGGCAGAAGAGCCUCUGCGCCCUCGCCCUCGUCUUCGCGAUCCAGCAGUGCGACCCGGCCCCCUUCUACCUCUUUGACGAAAUCGACGCCAACCUCGACGCCCAGUACCGCACCGCCGUCGCCAACAUGCUGCGGUCCAUCGCCGACAAGUCCGGCGAGGCCGGCGGCGGCCAGUUCAUCUGCACCACCUUCCGGCCCGAGAUGCUGCUGGUGGCGGAGAAGUGCUACGGGGUGCGCUACCUGGGCAACAAGAGCAGUAGCGUCGUGGUGGUGGGGAAGGAUGAGGCGUUGAAGUUUGUGGAGGGGGAGAAGCAGUAG